AUGGCAUACAAGAUUUUGCACAGGAAAUGGCUUCUCAGGCCGUGGAUGUGGGCGAUAUUCCCCCUCGAACUAGCGGGUCUCGUCCCAAUCCUCGUCCUCUUCGGCAUCGCCCAGCCAGACCUGUACAGGACCAAGAUGUGGGAGAUCGGACACGCCUACGGCUUCAACUCGAACCCCAAAAUGAUCCUCUACGCAUACGCAAACUAUGAGCCGCUACCCAAGGUCCCGCUCGUGUGGACGCGAACACUCACCGACUUCAACGUCGCCCUCUCCGUGAUCACCCUCUUCCUCCUCCUCACCAAGCUCGUCUUCUUCAUCAUGAAGUUCUGGUUCCCCCUCCUCGCCGUCUUCAUCAACGUCGCCAUGGUCGCCAUGUACACCGUCUCCGUCUACGGCCAGAUGGGGCCCGACCACGCCGACCCCCGCCACCCCUCCAACGUCGCCUGGUACAUCUCCAAGUCGUGCGACCUCGCCACCCCCUUCAAGGCCAAGAAGUCCUGCCUGCUCGCCAAGGGCACCUUCGCCGUCACCGUCUACAUGCUCUUCCUCUUCCUCGUCAGCCUGGGCAUCGCCGUCUACACGUGCCUGCCCAACAAGUGGGACAAGGUCGACGGCGACGGCGACGACGAGGAGGCCGCGGGGCCGACGGGCAGCGACGGCAGCUCGCCCGUCGACCCGAAGGAGGCGCGCGAGUGGGAGAUGAGGGAUAUGAUGAAGGGGCCCCCGACGCCCCGGGUCGUGCCAUAUACGCCGCGGACGAUGGCGUUUCACACGCUCGAUCGGAGGUUGCCCCUGAGGCAGCAGUACGGUUGA